AUGCCGGUGAAGAAGGCAAGCAAGGCCAGCUCAGCUACAAAGCUGAAGCUUUUACAUCGUCGUCGCUCGAACAUUUUGGGCUCGGCGAUGAUGGUGAAUGAGUUCAACCGAACGUAUGAGCCCGCUCGUCAAAACCAAUUAGCCACUCAAAUUGCGCUUUUGGAUGAGUUGUGGCGUGAUUUUCUCUCCACCCAGGAGGAAAUCGAAAUUUUGGAGGACAGUGAGGAACAUUUUUCCGAAGAGAGGCGAGAUUUUCAACUGUUGUACCUCGAUCUGAAGGGGUCGUUGCAGAGCAAGCUUCCCACUGUCCCUCCGGUCCCACCCGCACAGCCUCGCGCACCGUCUUCGGUUUGCGCCCUACCGGCCCAGCCAAUAACCAACGUUCGGCUGCCGGAGAUGAAGAUUCCAAAUUUUGGAGGCAAGAUUGACGAUUGGGUACCGUUUCGCGAUCUUUUCGUCUCGUUGAUUCAUUUCAAUCAACAGUUGACGGCAGUGCAAAAGAUGCACUAUUUGCGAGCAUCGUUGACGGACGAAGCAGCUCGUAUUGUAUCCACACUUGAUAUUUCCGCCGAUGAUUAUCAAGUUGCGUGGAACCUUUUGAAGGAUCGCUUUGAGAAUCCAAACUUGCUCAUCAAGCGACACAUGUCGGCAUUAUUGGCGAUCAGUCCCAUAAAGAAGGAGUCUGCUUCAGGACUGUCGGAGCUGGCCGACAGCUUCGAUCGCCAUGUGCAGUUGCUGAAUAAGCUCGAAACAGUGGAGGAACACUGGAACUCGUUCCUCGUUGAGCGAUUGAGCAGUUGCCUGGACCAUGGCUCACUGCGGGAGGUGCACACCUGGCGAAGGAUUGCUCCAGCGGUUCCUGAAAGCAGUGCUCCAAGAAACAUCAUUCACUGCUGCACCUCCCGCCGAUUUCGUCUGCUUCGGCUCCUGGUGCACCAGCAGCAGUUCCCAACCAAUCUGUACCAGUUGCAAUCGGUCAAUCCGCUGAAGCAAUCGGUUCGCGUUCGUACCAAGUAUCGCCACGCGACGCUAACGCCGCCGUACGUCCACCGUCGGCAAUUUCCGGUGCAUCACCACUCGCGAAUUCGUCGUUCCGUACAUUUCCGCAAUCGUAUUCGUGCUGAAGUGACUCAACAUUCUCGUCAGAAUACGGUCGUGCUAUCGACAGCCGUUAUCAAAGUGAAAGAUGCCGACAACAACGACCAUUUCGCUAGGGCGCUCUUGGACAGUGGCUCCCAACCCAGCUUCAUCAGCGAAUCACUCUGUCAGAAGCUCCGUCUGAAGCGUUUCAAGAUCAACUCGCCUGUCAGUGGGAUAGGCCAAUCCACCGUGAACGUUCACUUCGGUGUAACUCUUUCGCUCGCUUCACGCUUUGGAGAUCAUCACUUCACUCUGGACUGCCUGGUACUGCCAAAGCUAACGGUGUCGCUACCCAGCCACCACAUCAACGUCUCUCGUUGGCAAAUUCCUCGCAAUCUUCCGAUGGCGGAUCCCCAGUUCAACAUCAGCCAGAAGAUAGACAUCAUUAUCGGCGCUGAACUGUUCUUCUCGUUGCUAGAACAUCAGCAAAUCUCUCUCGCCGCUGGGUGUCCGCUACUACAGAAAACCGUACUUGGAUACAUUGUAUGCGGGAAGAUAUCGGAUCCAGCUCUCGAUCCACCGGCAGUCCAGACCAGUCACAUCUGCACUGACGACCUGCUCGACAAGCAACUCGAACGAUUUUGGGAAAUCGACAACUUCGACGUCGGAAGAUCCUACACUCCCGACGAACAACGCUGCGAAGAUCAUUUCCAACAAACCGUUGGACGAGAUACAGACGGGAGAUACAUCGUCCGUCUACCGCUGCGAGAAGACAUGUUGCCAAUGCUCGGCGACUCCUACCAGCUCGCAUUCCGUCGCCUCCAGUCUAUGGAGAAGAAGUUCGCUGUCGAUGAAGGUCUCCGUAUCGCCUACCACGAGUUCCUGGAGGAGUACGAAAGUCUGGGGCACAUGGAGGAGGUGAAUCCGCGCGCGUCGCGAAACCCGCAGUUUUUCCUACCCCACCAUGCCAUCCACCGUCCUGAGAGUUCCACCACGAAGACACGAGUAGUAUUUGAUGGAUCCUGUCGUAGUUCUACCAGCUUAUCGCUCAAUGAAGUUCUGUUUGUCGGACCAACAGUGCAGCCAGCUCUGUACUCUACCGUCAUCAACAUCCGUCUUCCUCGGUACGCUGUCACUGCUGACGCCGAGAAGAUGUUUCGACAGAUCUGGGUACACCCGGAUGACCGGAAGUAUCAGCAAAUACUCUUCCGAAAGGAUCCAUCAGAACCAGUUCGCAUCUACCAGUUAAAGACCGUCACCUACGGUCUCGCUAGCUCGCCGUUCCACGCUACUCGUGUGCUCAACCAGUUGGCCACUGACGAAGGAGAACGUUUUCCAUUGGCGGUUCCUGUCAUCAAGAAGGGAACGUACGUAGACGAUGUCCUCGCCGGCGACGACGACCAAGUCAAGCUUGCCGAAACUUGUCGCCAAUUGAUGGAGAUGCUACACCAAGCAGGCUUCGUUCUACGUAAAUGGGCCACCAACAAUACCGCCGUUCUCGCCAGCGUUCCUCGUCAGUUGUGGGAAACCAAACCAGAAUUAGAAAUCGAUCGCUCCCCUACUGUGAAGACAUUGGGACUUCUCUGGUUUCCACAGCCGGAUACAUUCCAGUUCAAGAUUCCAGCUCUGUCGCCGCUGGAUGUCGCAACCAAACGCCUCGUCGUAUCCGAGAUGUCGCAACUGUUUGAUCCGCUCGGCCUUCUGGGACCCGUAGUGAUGAAAGCUAAGACGUUCGUUCAAGUGCUUUGGGCAGAACACUGGUCGUGGGACGACCAACUGUCCGAAGAACACUCCAGCUGGUGGACAAUCUACCGCUCAGAGCUCAAUCAGCUACAGGCACUCUCCGUGCCACGCAGAGUCGUGCAAAACCGCCAUUACAGUCUGCAUUGCUUCUGCGACGCCUCGAAAGCAGCAUACGGUUGCUGUAUCUACGUCGUUUCCCGUGACGAGCUCGGACAGUCCCAUAGCCAUCUGCUGACAGCCAAGUCACGUGUUGCUCCACUACGUGGACAAUCCAUCCCUCGCCUGGAGUUGUGCGCCGCGCUACUCGGCAGCCAGCUUGCCGAUAAUCUCCGGCAAACAACGGAUUUCGUUGAACCUCCAACGUUUUGGGUUGAUUCCAGCAUCGUGCUUCACUGGAUCAAGUCGCAGUCAAAUGUGUGGAAGGUGUUCGUCUCAAACCGGAUCGCAGAGAUCCAACGUCUUACCAAGGACUGCAAGUGGAGACACGUUCCGUCGGAAAUGAAUCCAGCAGACCGGAUUUCUCGAGGGAUGAUGGCAAGUCAGAUCUCGAAGGACGAUUUGUGGUGGCAUGGACCGAGUUUCCUCAAGGACCCCGUCGACAGUUGGCCCGAGUGUGUGGUUUCGAUGCCGGAUCUUCCGGAUUUGCAGCAGGAAGCCUGCCCUGUCCUAGCUCUGCACAGCGCUACCGUCGACGCAACACUGUGUGAACGAUUCACGGACUUAUCCAAACUAAUCCGUGUCGUAGCACGAUGCUACCGAUUUUUCAACAAUUCGAGGCUCCCGCGGAGCGACCGCACCAUUGGUUCACUGACCCCAGAGGAAAGUGAGCAUGCGCUCAAGAUUCUCGUACGACAAGUUCAGUUAGCGUCCUUCCCAGCUGAAGUUCACCACUACCGUAGCGCUCAAAGCAUUCCAUCCGUAUCUGCAACAUCGAAAUCGCCACUCAAGGACUUGAAGUUGUUCAUGGAUCAGUUCGGCUUGCUCAGACUCUGUGGACGAUUAGCGAAUAUGAAAGCACCGUACGACACUCGUUACCCGAUUCUUCUCCCCGCCGACCACCGGCUCAGUUGGCUCAUCGCCCGAUCCAGCCACAUCCGAACACUUCACGGCGGUCCAACGCUCACGCUCGCUACAAUUCGUCAACGAUUUUGGCCAGUCCGGGGUCGACAGCUAGCUCGCAAGGUGGUACGUCAAUGCGUAACCUGUUUCCGUUGCCAGCCACGGCUACAACAGCAGCUCAUGGCACCCCUUCCAUCCGUUCGUGUGUCACCUGCUAGACCGUUUAUACACUCCGGGAUGGAUUACUGUGGGCCGUUUCUCGUUCGUCCUUUAAGUGGUCGGGGCGCGUCGGUUAAGAUCUACGUCGGUCUGUUCGUAUGUCUCGUGGUGAAAGCCGUGCAUCUCGAAGUCGUCGCCGAUCUGUCGUCCGCCGCCUGCAUAAACGCCGUUAAGCGUUUCGUAGCUCGUCGCGGUCGAGUGCUCGAACUACACUGCGACAACGCGACUGCUUUCGUCGGGGCAGACCGAGAGCUCCGUUCGAUGCGGGAAGAGUUUCGUCGUCAAUUCCGGUCCAAGGACUGGGAGAACUUCUGCGUGGAAAGUGGAAUCAAGUUUCGCUUUAUCCCGGCAAGAUCACCGCACUUCGGCGGUAUCUGGGAGGCCGGAAUCAAAUCCUUCAAGCACCACUUCCGUCGCAUCAUGGGCAACCGCUCAUUCACCGUGGACCAGCUCCAGACCGUCGUUGCCCAAAUCGAAUCAGUCCUCAAUUCCCGUCCUCUCUCUCCGCUUACAGAUUCUCCUGACGAUUGCUCCGCUCUGACUCCAGGGCAUUUUCUUGUUGGCGAACCGCUCGUGGCCAUCCCUGAGCCCGACCUGGUCGACGUCAAUCCAAAUCGACUCUCGCGCCUGCAGGAGAUGAAGAAGUCGGUCCAAGACCUCUGGCGUUGUUGGCAGCUGGACUAUGUCAGCCAACUCCAGCAGCGAACCAAAUGGAAGCGACCCCAGCCGGACGUGCGCAUCGGACAGCUGGUGCUUGUCAGGCAAGCAACUGCGCCGCCCCUUCAAUGGCCGUUGGGACGGAUCAUCGAAACCGUUGCGGGGAAGAAUGGACGAGUCCGUGUGGUCGUAGUCAAGACCGCUUCCGGACAGUACAAGCGAGCGGUCACAGAGAUCGCCGUCCUGCCGAUAGCUCCUGCCGAGGACGAACCGAAGGACGACAGCAUCGCAGUCAGUACAAGUCGAAGUCACGAAGCCGAAGAUGAUGGUUGA